CCUUUAGCCGUGACGUCACGCUGGACUCUGUAGGGAUGGUGUGAGGCGACUUGGCUUCACUCAGCGGGCAGAGCGUGGCCUGCUCGCUGUACUGAGUUAGGGGAGGGUGUCGCUGCAUCGCCUGGCUGCCCCUAUGGAGUUACGAAGACCCGGGCUGGCGAUGGAAGCUAGGGACGGGAUGCCCGCCCCUCCCGGCGAGGGGGAGGACUACGAGAGCCUACCGGCGGGAUCCUCCCCGCUCACCCACAUGAUGGCCGGGGCCGUGGCUGGCAUCCUGGAGCACACGGUCAUGUAUCCGGUGGACUCAGUCAAGGUGAGUGCUGUGGAGUGUAGGGGGCGGGGCAUGCUGACAGGUGUCAUGGCGCUGUGCGCAGCCGGGGCAUGGCAUAGCUCUGCUAUGGGCAGGCGUCUGCCUGAGCUCCCACGCUUGCUGGGGACCUCGGCAACCUUCCAGUUCACCACGCAAUGCCUGUUUGCAGCGCUGACCUACAUCUCCUCCUCCUUUCUGGGAAACCCUGCCACCCGCGAGACCCUCUGCAGCCCUCUGAGAUUCCCCACUGGAGACAUUAGCCCAGCACCCCAGGAGCAUUGCUGGGUGGCAGGAAGUCUGGCAACGGUGCUGCAUGAUGCCAUCAUGAACCCGGCUGAAGUGGUCAAGCAACGAAUGCAAAUGUAUAAUUCCCCCUACAGAAGCAUGCUGCAUUGCAUUCAGACUGUAAGCAGAACGGAGGGAGUUGGAGCCUUCUACCGCAGCUACACCACCCAGCUGUUCAUGAACAUCCCAUUCCAAGCCAUUCACUUCAUCACCUAUGAGUGCACGCAGGAGCAACUGAACCCGCAGCGCCAGUAUCACCCAGGCUCGCAUAUCAUAUCCGGUGCCAUUGCUGGAGCAGUAGCGGCCGCUGCCACCACACCACUGGAUGUGUGCAAAACCUUAUUGAACACCCAAGAAAACACUGCCCUCAGUUCUGCCAACAUCAGCGGACACCUGUCUGGUAUGGCCAAUGCCAUAAGGACGGUAUACCAAAUCGGAGGCCUGAGAGGCUACUUCAAGGGAAUGCAGGCCCGGGUCAUUUAUCAGAUGCCUUCUACAGCCAUUGCCUGGUCUGUGUAUGAAUUCUUCAAGUACUUCCUUUCCAAUCGUUAAGUUGCCAAAUCUUGUGGCGGUGGCACCUUCCUGAGGGUUACUCAGAACAAUAAAAUGGCACCUUGUGAACCCUCAUGAGGAAUCCGCUGUGUGCGAAACCUCACCAAAGACUGGAAACCACGUGGAAACUAUUAACUUAUUUUUAUUCAGGAAAUUCCAUUUAUAUUUAAAGUUCAUUCCCGUUUGCAAUCUGUUGCCGCACAGAAGGCGACUUUCCCAAUUGCUUCUGACGGGAGACCGUUUUUAAUCUACCUUUUUAGUAUUUUAAAGUGUUAUUUCACUUUUACA